AUGAUUGUUCUCUAUCUCAUUCACGUCCGCUAUAACACUCCUCUACGUAGAGUUCCAGGCCCAUUCCUCGCUAGUCUGACGCGGUUGUGGAAAGUAAAGACUAUUUUCACAGCUCGACAAGAACUGGUCCUCCUGGACUUGCAUAGGAAACACGGACCGCUGGUACGCAUUGGCCCAAACGAGGUCAGUGUAUCAGAUCCACAGGCUUUGAAGGUCAUAUACGGCGCCGGUUCACGGUUCACCAAGACCAAAUGGUAUCCAUCCUGGUCAAUGGGAGGACAAUCCGGAAAGUAUGAUGUCUUCUCUGAUCCGACGAUUGAAGGACACGCCGCGACCAAACGUCUCUUGUCGGCUUCUUACUCCAUGUCUGCUGUCAACGGGCUGGAUAGCUUCGUCCAACGGCCUAUUGAUAGGCUUCUGUCUCGAUUCGAGGAAUCCUCCCGUUCCGGUCAACAGAUGAACUUGGCCGACUGGCUCCAGUGGUUUGCAUUCGAUGUUAUUGGAGAAGUGUCGUUUUCCAAACAGUUCGGCUUCCUAGAUGCCGGCAGAGAUGUCGACGAUACUUUAAAAGCUAUCGAUGAGACUCUAUGGUCUGGCAUUGUGAUUGCUGAGCUUCCUGAGCUAGAUGCUAUUCGCAAAAGUCCGCUGUUUCGACAUUUGCCUCUAGUUGGAGGCUACGAUACACGGCUAAACUUCAUCAUUGUGGGUCAUAUGCAUAAACAGCAAGCUCAACGCGUACUAUCUGAGCGUCGUCAAUUCUCGGAAGUCGAUCGUCGGGACCUGCUCUCACGGUUUUUCAAGGUGCAACAGGAGCACCCUGAGUAUGAUGACCUCGACUUACAGAUCACGAUCACCGUGAAUAUUUUUGCAGGUUCCGACACUACCAGCAUCGCCUUGCGGGCCAUACUUUACUACCUGAUCAGCAAUCCGCGUUGUUAUGAAAGACUUCUCGACGAAUUGGAUGAGGCUUCUUCCACGGGAGAGAUGUCAGAAAAGGCAGGGCUUGCCGACGCCCAAAGACUGCCGUUCUUGCAGGCUUGUAUUAAAGAGGCAAUGCGGCUGCAUCCAAGUUUGGGCACACAACAUACUCGCUUUGUGCCGAAAGGCGGAGUCGUAAUCGCUGGAACACACCUCCCAGAGCAGACAAUUGUGGGCAUCAAUGCCUGGGUCAUGCAUCGGCAAGAAGCCAUCUUCGGCAUAGAUGCUGCCCAAUAUCGCCCUGAGCGCUGGCUCGAAGGUGACAAAGGGUUGAUGGAAAGACAUUUCAUGAGCUUUGGAUACGGCGCUCACGUCUGUUUGGGCAAAAAUAUCGCAUUGCUUGAGAUCAACAAACUUAUUCCGCAGAUUUUGAGAAAGUAUCGACUGAGGCUUGCACGUCCCAAUGAUGCAGGCGGUGGUUGGAGUUGUACGAGUCAUACGUUUGUGCAGCAGCGGAACUUUGAUGUUUUCGUGGAACGGAGGAAUGACAAAUGA